AGUCCUGGGGUAGGCAGGCUGUCGCUGCCGCUGCCACUGCCUGAGAUGGAAAUCGGGGGAGGAAGCUCGCGGAAGAAACAGCGGAGGGUCGUGGAAAGAAAGCAAUGGCUGAGCUAGGGAUGGGGUACCAGUCAGGAUGGUGGUGCCUUCGCUGAAGCUUCAGGACCUCAUCGAAGAGAUUCGCGGGGCCAAGACUCAGGCCCAGGAGCGGGAGGUGAUCCAAAAGGAGUGUGCCCACAUCCGGGCCUCCUUCCGCGACGGGGACCCAGUGCACAGGCACCGGCAGCUGGCCAAACUGCUCUACGUCCACAUGUUGGGCUACCCCGCCCACUUUGGACAGAUGGAGUGCCUGAAACUGAUCGCCUCCUCCAGAUUCACAGACAAGAGGGUGGGCUACCUGGGGGCCAUGCUUCUAUUGGAUGAGAGGCACGAUGCCCACCUGCUCAUUACCAACAGCAUCAAGAAUGACCUGAGCCAGGGGAUUCAGCCAGUACAAGGCCUGGCCUUGUGCACUUUGAGCACCAUGGGCUCUGCUGAGAUGUGCCGAGACCUGGCCCCAGAAGUGGAGAAACUGCUCCUGCAGCCCAGUCCCUACGUGCGCAAGAAGGCUAUUCUGACUGCAGUGCACAUGAUCCGGAAGGUCCCUGAACUCUCCAGUGUCUUCCUCCCACCCUGUGCUCAACUGCUUCAUGAGCGUCACCAUGGUAAGGCUGUGGGGCUCCCCAUCCUUUGCUUCAGCUCUAUGGACAGAAGAAUUGAAAAUCGGAUGGGAACCCCAGCUCACAGGAGAAGGGUAGUGCACACACACAGGCACACACGCAAUAGACUCUCUUGCCCCUGGCCCCCACCAUUCACUUCCCCGACCCUGACCCCAGGCAUCCUGCUGGGCACCAUCACGCUGAUCACGGAGCUCUGCGAACGAAGCCCUGCAGCCCUCAGGCACUUCCGAAAGGUGGUACCCCAGCUGGUACAGAUCCUCCGGACUCUGGUGACAACGGGAUACUCCACAGAACACAGCAUAUCUGGAGUCAGCGACCCCUUCCUGCAGGUCCAGAUACUUCGUCUGCUUCGGAUCCUGGGCCGGAACCAUGAGGACAGCAGUGAGACCAUGAAUGACUUGCUGGCCCAGGUGGCCACUAACACAGACACCAGCCGAAAUGCUGGAAAUGCGGUCCUGUUUGAGACAGUACUCACCAUCAUGGACAUCCGCUCUGCAGCUGGCCUACGGGUUCUAGCUGUCAACAUUCUUGGCCGCUUCCUACUCAACAGUGACAGGAACAUUAGGUAUGUAGCCCUGACAUCACUGCUUCGACUGGUGCAGUCUGAUCACAGUGCUGUGCAGCGGCAUCGGCCCACUGUGGUGGAAUGUCUACGGGAAACUGAUGCCUCCCUCAGCCGGAGAGCCCUGGAACUGAGCCUGGCUCUGGUAAAUAGCUCCAACGUGCGAGCCAUGAUGCAAGAGCUGCAGGCCUUUCUGGAGUCCUGCCCUCCUGACCUACGGGCUGACUGUGCCUCAGGCAUCCUGCUGGCUGCAGAGAGGUUUGCUCCAACCAAACGCUGGCACAUAGACACCAUCCUGCAUGUGCUGACAACGGCGGGCACCCACGUGCGGGAUGAUGCAGUGGCCAACCUGACCCAGCUGAUUGGGGGGGCCCAGGAGCUACAUGCCUACUCUGUGCGCCGCCUCUACAAUGCCCUGGCAGAAAACAUUUCCCAGCAACCACUGGUGCAGGUGGCAGCCUGGUGCAUUGGGGAGUAUGGGGACCUCCUGCUGGCGGGGAACUGCGAGGAGAUUGAGCCCCUUCAGGUGGACGAAGAGGAAGUGCUGGCAUUGCUGGAAAAGGUGCUGCAGUCCCAUAUGUCCCUGCCAGCCACUCGAGGAUAUGCCCUCACGGCCCUCAUGAAGCUCAGCACUCGCCUCUGUGGGGACAACAACCGCAUCCGCCAGGUGGUGUCCAUCUACGGGAGCUGCUUGGACGUGGAGCUGCAGCAGCGGGCUGUGGAGUAUGACACACUCUUCCGGAAAUACGACCACAUGAGGGCUGCCAUCCUGGAAAAAAUGCCUCUUGUGGAGCGAGAUGGCCCUCAGGCUGAUGAGGAAGCAAAGGAAAGCAAAGAAGCAGCCCAGCUUUCAGAAGCAGCUCCAGUGCCCACAGAGCCCCAGGCCUCACAGCUCCUGGAUCUGCUAGAUCUCCUGGAUGGGACUUCUGGGGAUGUCCAGCAUCCUCCCCCUCUGGACCCAUCCCCAGGAGGUGCCCUGGUACACCUGCUUGACCUUCCCUGUGCACCUCCAUCCCCAGCUCCCAUCCCAGAUCUCAAAGUGUUUGAGCGUGAGGGAGUACAGCUGAAUCUGUCUUUCAUUCGACCCCCUGAAAACCCUGCUUUGCUGUUAAUCACCGUCACUGCCACCAACUUCUCAGAGGGUGAUGUCACCCAUUUCAUCUGCCAGGCUGCUGUGCCCAAGAGUCUCCAGCUGCAGCUGCAGGCCCCCAGUGGGAACACAGUUCCAGCUCGGGGUGGCCUUCCUAUCACCCAGCUCUUCAGAAUCCUCAAUCCUAACAAGGCCCCCCUACGACUAAAGCUGCGCCUCACCUACAACCACUUUCACCAGUCGGUGCAGGAGAUCUUUGAGGUGAACAACUUGCCUGUGGAAUCGUGGCAGUAACUGUCUCCACUCACAGCCUGAAAUUCUCCUGUGUCCCAAACCCCAGGGGGCCCCAGCAGCUUCGAACCUACACCUGAGGGCUACCAGCAGGUGGCGCUCUGGCUUUGCACUGCAAAAACUGGGGACCAGCCCCUUUCUCCCACAAAUAAAGCCCAAUAAAGCCUGAGAGGGGAGGAAAGCCA